AAGGUCAAAAGAUUCUAAGUACGCUGCAAUACACAUAAAAAAUAAUUUAAUUGAAGAGAGGCAGAGAGGGUCGAGACUCAAGCCUUGGAGCUCGUACACAAGAAACACAAAGUCUCUCAAGGACAGGAAGCCCUUUAGGAGUCGGCGAUCCUCUUCCAUAGCUGUAAUUUAUUUGAUAUAUUCUGUUGCAUUUGUGGUCUCGAGGAAGGAAGAGUAAGUCUAAAGGGAAGUAGCUAUAAUGGGUUAUGCACAGCUAGUUAUAGGUCCUGCUGGCAGCGGAAAGUCUACAUAUUGUGCCAGUUUGCAUCAACAUUGUGAAACUAUAGGACGAGCAGUUCAUAUUGUAAAUUUGGAUCCUGCAGCAGAAAAUUUUGACUAUCCAGUGGCUAUGGACAUCAAGGAACUUAUAUCCCUGGAUGAUGUAAUGGAAGAACUUGGAUUGGGGCCAAAUGGUGCUCUUAUCUACUGCAUGGAACAUCUAGAAGAAAGUUUGGAUGAUUGGUUGGAAGAAGAGCUGGAGAAUUUUGCAGAAGAUGACUAUAUCGUUUUUGAUUGCCCAGGACAAAUCGAACUUUACUCUCAUGUCCCUGUGUUCAAGAACUUUGUGGAGCAUUUGAAGCGCAAGAAUAUCAAUGUUUGUGUCGUUUACUUGCUUGAUUCUCAGUUCAUGACAGAUGUUGCGAAAUUUAUUAGUGGCUGCAUGGCUUCACUAUCUGCAAUGAUUCAGCUUGAACUGCCUCAUGUUAACAUUCUUUCCAAGAUGGACCUUGUGAGGAAUAAAAAGGACAUUGAAGACUACCUGAAUCCAGAGUCCCAAUUUUUACUUUCAGAAUUGAACCAACGAAUGGCUCCUCGGUUUGGGAAGUUGAAUAAAGCUUUAAUUGAACUGGUGGAUCAGUAUAACAUGGUAAGCUUUGUGCCUCUUGAUUUGCGGAAAAAGGGGAGCAUACAAUACAUCUUGUCACAAAUUGAUAUGUGCAUUCAGUACGGUGAAGACGCUGAUGUGAAGAUUAGAGACUUUGAUCCAGAGGAUGAUGACUAGAAGCAACUUUCUGUAGGGACGAUAACUAAAAGCAUCAACAUGUUGGCUUUACUGUGUACUUGUAGAUGUUGCAACCUUCAAUUCCCUAAAACUACUUAAACUUAGUAGGAAGAUUCCUGAUUGCAAAUAUUCGGAGUGUGGAAAAUUCUUUUGGCAACGUAUUUGUGUGGAGAUUUGAAUGUUUAAUCUCAGACUGAUUUUUUGAGUGAUAAAUUAGAUAAAUCUCAGCUUCCUCCA